AAGCCUCCAACAUCCAAACAUUCUACAAUGCCUGGGGCUAUGCACAGAGACCAUACCUUUUCUCCUUAUCAUGGAGUUCUGUCAGCUGGGGGACCUGAAACGUUAUCUGAGAGCCCAAAGGAAGGCAGAUGGCAUGACACCAGAUCUUUUGACCUGUGAUCUAACAACAUUACAGAGAAUGGCAUAUGAAAUUACACUUGGACUCAUGCACCUUCAUAAAAAUAAUUAUAUCCACAGUGAUCUUGCCCUAAGAAACUGCCUUCUUACCUCCGAUCUGACUGUCCGAAUUGGAGACUAUGGCAUUUCACACAAUAAUUACAAGGAUGAUUACUACAUUACUCCAGAUCGACUCUGGAUCCCAUUACGUUGGGUUGCUCCAGAACUUUUAGAUGAAGUUCAUGGGAACUUAGUUGUGGUAGACCAGAGCAAGGAAAGCAAUGUCUGGUCUCUAGGAGUUACAGUAUGGGAACUCUUUGAAUUUGGAAGUCAGCCAUAUCGUCACCUGUCAGAUGAGGAAGUGCUGACCUUUGUGAUCAAGGAGCAGCAAAUGAAACUGGCCAAGCCUCGACUUAAGCUACCCCAUUCGGAUUACUGGUAUGAAGUGAUGCAGUCCUGCUGGCUCCCUGUUGAACAAAGACCUACAGUCGAAGAACUUCAUCUACAGCUCACAUAUUUGUUAAAUGAAUGCUCCAACCAGACAGAGGAGAGUUUUGAGUGGCGAUGGAAUGCACUUAAACCAAGUAAAUCUUCGAUGGGGCCUUUGCGUCACUCAGAUGAGAUUUCCGCAUUUCCACUACUAGAUAACUUCAAUGGUGGGGAUGGAUUUCAUGCAGAUAUGGAUGACAUCUUGACUGUAACAGAAAGCAGCCGUGGACUUAACUUUGAAUAUAUGUGGGAGAAAGCCAGACUGGGACGAUGGAAGUCAAACUCACAAUGCCAAGAUUACCCACCAAGUAAUGGGAGUUUGACUGUGCCUGCUAAUCCAUUUUAUGACUCUAGCCAUCAACAUUCACGUCAGAGCUUGGAGACUCCGAGUGUGGUUCCAGUUAUUAGCGCUCGUAGUCCUUCAGUAAGCAGUGAAUAUUACAUUCGCUUGGAGGAACAUGCAGACAGAGGGAGUGGUGUGGAUUGUACUGUCUGCGCACCUAGUCCGAUCUAUGAGAGAAAGUAUGAUAUGCAUGAUCAAAGAACACUUCAUCAGAGGUUGUCUCUUGGGAGCCCAGCUUCCCCAAUUGAACCACUCUUUUCUUCAGACUGGGACCCACUUGAAAGUGGUAGAACCAGUCCAGAAGAUCCUCCUGCUCAUCUAAUAUUACAUGAAGUUCCUAAACUUAUAGAUAGAUGGACACCUAAUAACAAUAAUCCCUUUAUAAAUGUAGGAAGAGACCUGCCUCGUUAUGUCAACCCUUUCCGUGGCUCAGCUGAGAGAGACUUGUCAAGACAGGUACAGGAGACCUCCUUAAUGGAGUCAUCUUUGCCUGAUGUCUUUUCUUCUGAUUCAAUUCUGAAUGUUUACAGAGACAUUGAGGAUCAUAGAAGGAGCUGGGAUUCAGAUACUCUGGAGGAGAGGGGUGCUGGGGAAACCCUUGCUGGAGACCCAGAAUCUCUGGCAGAGUUUUUGGAUGAUCGAUCUUCACCUUGGGAUUGUGAGCCCUCACUUAUGGAAGAUCAGAGCACAGAAAGCAGCAGCAGUAGUACAGACAAUAGCAGUCACCGCAACAUGCCCUCUUGUCCUUUGUGUAGUAGAGGUGUGAUGGGCAGUUUGCAGAGAUGCUCUUGCGCCAUGUUGCGUGGAGAUGUGGUAAUUGACUGGACCACACAUGUUGCCAUGCAUCAGGACCAUUAUGGCUUAGAUGAUGAUUCUUCUUUAAAAGUUGAGCAAGGUUCUCUUUCUGAGUGUUCUAUACCCGCUCGAACUUUUGGUGAUGGAGAUCUUUAUGCUGGACCCUUUGGAGACAGUCUUUGUGCUGCAGAACACCAAGAGUUUUAUGAUCCUUUAAUGGGAGCAGCAGUAAAAAGCUAUGAUAUUCAAGACUAUCGUAACCGUAGUCAAUUAAAGACUUAUGAAUCAUUACAAAAGAGUAUUACCAACCACCCUCCUUCCCCUUUUAUAGGAAUUUCCAACUCAAUGGCCAAUUGCAGUGUAAUUGUCCCCAUUGAAAUCCCACCUCUUUCCACACUUGCAGAAAGCAUAGAAGAAGAAGAGACAAUUGAGAUUGCUCCAGAUGUCCUUAAAAGAUUCCCAGUGAACCAUAACACGCUAAACCCAGUAAAGACACCACAGGACUCUAGGGCAACAUUAGAUUCUGUUGAUUCAUUGGACAUCCCUUCCAACACCAGCUCAUCAGAUGUAUGUAGUCCAUCAUCUCACUUUUCAUCUCCUGGGCAAAAAUUUGGCGACAGUGGCUAUGAUACAGAAAACACAUUUUCUCCAGAGUUCAUCCUUAAAGAUGUUAAAGAGGAAAAGGAGGAAGACAUUGGUCUUAAUGAUUUGAAGUUGCCUUUGACUCCUAUAUCAGAGUCAACUAGUGACUUGACUUUGACAGAAGAUUUUUCUGAACCACAGGCUACUCCUAUGGAAGAAGAAGGCUCUCUUAGAACAUUAAAUCUUGCAACACCUCACCGAGAUUCUGCUUACUUUUCUGAUUAUGACAAUGAAACAGAGAAACAUGGCAGAGCAGCGUGUCAGAAGUUUGAUGGCGGUGAUACAAAUGGGAUGUGUACAGAGGAAAUAUCUGUUGUUAUAUCAACAGCAGACGAAAAUCAUAAUAAUGAAGUUAAAAGCACAGAGGAACCCAUUCCACACAAAGAAUCUGUCGAGGAUACACUUGAAGAAUGUCCCAAAGCAGAAAAUAAAGAACAAAAUAAUCAUAAGACAGAUUUGCAAGAAGAUAAUGUUAAAGGAGAUGGAGAAAAGAUUUUGAACUGUAAUGGUGGAACGAACACAGUAUCAGACGAAGAUAUAAGUCAUAUUGUCUCUGAAAAUGUCUCUGUUGACUUUCGGGAAACAAAUAAAGACCAUUUUCCCAUUAUAGAUCAGAAAAAUUCAUAUGAAAACAUGCUAAAAAAACAACCGGAAAGUGGCUUUGUUGUUCAGGUCUGCAAAGAACAGCUUCUCUUCUCCCUGAGAGAAAAUGUGACUAGGAAUGUUCUUUCUACCUUUGAGUCAGGAACUGUAAACUCAUGUGUUUUGAAAGACCAAGCAGUUUUAAAGUUGUGGUCUAUGGAGCCCAAAGUAAAUCCAUCUACCCAAGAAAUAUUAAAAAGUGAACUUUUGUGCAAAGAAUCAUCUAAACUCACUGAGCCUGGGGAUAGCAAGUGUUCAAUAAGUGAUGUCACUCUGGACAUUAAUUCCACCGAAGAAUCCUCUACAAUGAAGCUGAAUGAGGAUCAAGAUGAAUGUGAAAACAAUGAACCAGAAACCCACAAUGUUGAUGAUGAAUUAGUGGAUGGAAAAGAAGAUUGUAAACAUGAAUCCAUUGAAGACAUCUCUUCUUUGCCAUUAGAACAAACCCUUGACAACAGUGAGAAGAACCCAGGAGACAUUUCUACUGGACAAGCAGACGGGUCAGUGCCAGAACAAUCAAAACUCUUUCUAGAUUUUGGAUCAGCUACAAAUCCCGGGAGUGAAGCUAUAAAAGCAAAAGUUGCCAGGCUUUCUUUAUCUCUUCCACCGCUGAACCUUCAAACAUUCCAGAGCUCCUCUGGGCGAAAGGCUUUGUGGGAAAAAGAAGAAGAAAAAAGAGAUUCACAUUUCAAUAAGGAAGAUGAGGAUGAGGACGAUGAUGGGUUCGGACUUCAAGAAUCACAGAGAACAGGCUCAGAGUCUGAAGGAGAGGUGGCUGGGAUCCCAAUUGUAGUAUCUGAGACAGAUGAUGCGCGUAAUUUGCGUAGUCUGCUAAAAUCCCCAAAAUCAGCUGAUGAAGCGGAUGAUGACUUUGAUCGGAAGAGGAAGAUGGUGUCCUUCUUUGACGAUGUAACUGUAUAUCUUUUUGACCAGAAUUCUUCACUAGAAUCAAGUAUGGAUGCUUUUUCAUCAGCGGAUGGCUUCAGUGGAAGUUUUGAGUGGGAUGAUGACUUUCCUCUGAUGACACAGAACUCCACGUUCCUUCCUAUGGCAGCAGAGGGAGCCGCUCUCAAGUCACCGAUAAGUCCUACUAUGCCGUCACCUCCUCCACUCCCUGGGAAAAGAGUGGAUGGAAAUCUAAUGGACUCACUGCGAUUCACUCGUUUUACUGUCUCGCCUGCUGUAGACCCACAUGUUCCACUGUGUGAAACUGAAGUAGCGCCGCCUGCAGGCACUAUUGAAAACUGAGGGUUUUGCCUUUGAGGAGAGUCUGUUGUGCCACAAGAGUCACUGAAGCCACUUAACGCAUUUCUGUUUCCUCCCUUAGCGUCUUCGCUGAUAUUCUUUUUUUUUUUUUGUAAAAUUCAGGCAUACCCAGCACCGCACAUUCCAUUCUACGGUAUUUCUAACUGUUCUGUAAUUGAGAUUUGUGUCUAUGCCAGCAAAGGAACUUGCAUCAGAUAUCCUGGAUGAUCAAACCUCUGUACAGGAAGAUUUUCUUCAUAUUUAAAUGUGCCAAACUGACUCCAUUUUAUAUGAUGUCUAGUUCCAGCAGUAGUUAGAAAUUGGUAUGUCCGCAUUUUGUGCUCUGCAGUGAAGCUGAACGCAGUGUUUAUGAAAUCUGUUGAUUGAUGGCACUUGAGUGCAGUUCUACUAAUGAAAGAUCAUCUGUGAUGGGUUACAAAGGCACUAUAUAUGCAGGUAAACAUGUCAAAUAGAUAGAACACUAUGCCCAGUUCGCUGAUAUACAUUUGUCCAUGUAAGUUGGUAACGCUCACCUCUGUGUGGCGCACAGACUGCUAUGCUCAAGCAGCUUAUAGAGUGGCGCCAAAACUACAGGAAGAUGUGUCCUUGUGACUGCCAAAGUGUAUUAAUGUGUGAUCAGUACAGCUUGUGCAUUCACCAUAAAGAUGUGCAAUAGCUGCAAUAGCGAACCUGUCUGAGCUCAUAAUGAACAGAGUAGCAGACAGUGAGCUGAAUCUCUUAUGACAACUUAUCUUACAGACACAACAACCCUCCUGGCGCUUCCUUAAGCUGGCCAUUUACUAGCAGAAUUUUGUUUGCUUGAUUCUAUGAUUGUUAGUCUGGACAAAUCGAUGCUCAUUUUUGAUGAGAAAAUUCAGUGGAGCAGGAUGGAAAAUUUUGCUCGGACAAACGCAUUUCUAACAGUAAAGUCAUCGAAUGUACUGAGAAUUUUCUACUAGUGUAUGGCUAGCUUUAGUGAGUGGAUGGGCUUUGCUCUAACUGUGACAUUAUUCCUAUAUUUCUGUGGAUAAAGAGAGCUGUCAGUUAACCACAAUGUAGACAAACACAGGUAUGGACAUUGGUGUACACAGGGACUUCACCUCUUACAUUUUUAGACUUAUAAAGAACAAGCCUGUGCUCACCCACACUGUGUUUAAAUUAUGCCUCUAUUUGUUCAUAAAGGGUCUAUCAGUUGAGAAAUUGCAGGUUGGCGAGCUGCAUCUGCAUGAUGCAGAUCCUCUUUUUUGUGAAUGAUAAAUGCACUGAUCAUCAGCAUUUGUUUUUGAAUAAGACCAAUUGUUUGAAAUCAAGCUUUAAAGUCUGGGGCCCUGUACACACAGCCGGAAAUCCCGUCAGGAAAAAAAACGUAGUUUUUCCUGACGGGAUUCCUGGC